AUGUUAUUCGUCAGUGUCAUCGGUGUCCUUAUCAAUGUUUUUCUCUUCUGGAAAUUUUUUAAAAAAGAUCGAGGAGGAGGAUUUCUGACAUUUUGUUUGGCUAAAACUGUUCCGAAUACAAUCGUUUGUUCUGCAUUUCUAUUUUGGGUGGUUCCAAUUACUGCAUUAUCACUUGAUUAUAAACAUGUUCCAAGACUGAUUAAUGUAUUCGUUGGUCAGGUUGCUGGAUUCGGAGCGUAUGUAGCAGGUGCUAUCAUAGAAAUGUUCAUGGCUAUAAAUCGUUGUUCUGUAAUUUAUUGUCCAAGUUAUAAUUUCAAAAAUGCCAAUUAUGUUGUCAUUUUUGUGUUUAUGGUGUCAAUGGUAUAUGUUUUGCUCGGAUUGAUUCCAAAGCGUAAUUCAAAACUGUUUGCAUAUGAUAGACAUGAUAAACUUCAAUUUUGUAUCGAAUCUAAACGACGCCACGUGGUUCAAGUUUAUAUUUACAUCAUUGUCACUUGUGACUAUUCAUUCUCUGGACGGAUUCGUCAUGUUAAUAUUCCAUCCAAAAUCGGAAUCGAGAAGUAA